UGGAGUCUCUGCGCUCGUAACCAAUCAACGCCGAUGUGAAUCAGCUUCCAUCAUCAAUUGAACCUCCCAUUGACAGUUGCAGUGAGCUCGAAGAACCUCGCCGUCGGAAGCCAAUCCAGCCCGCACAACCUCACAAUGGCCUCCAAACUCAGUCCACUGCUUCUCCGAAGCGCAGCCCGCACGACUAGUAGGGCUCCUCGACCUCAUAUUCGGACCUUUACCGUCUCGAGCCCCCGGAGAAGCGAUACCCUCGCCGUGCACCGAAACACCCCCGACAACAACCCGGAAAUCCCGUUCAAAUUCAAUGCGCAAAAUGAGAAGCUCAUGGCCGAGAUCCUCAAGCGAUAUCCACCCCAGUACAAGAAGGCUGCCGUGAUGCCGUUGCUUGACCUCGGCCAGCGCCAGCACGGCUUUACCUCGAUCUCCGUCAUGAACGAGGUAGCCCGACUCCUCGAAAUGCCCCCUGCUCGUGUCUACGAGGUCGCUUCUUUCUACACCAUGUACAACCGCACGCCCGUUGGCAAGUUCCACGUCCAAGCAUGCACCACCACACCCUGCCAGCUCGGUGGCUGCGGCAGCGAUGCAAUCGUCAAGGCGAUCAAAGAAGAGCUAGGCAUCAAGCAAGGCGAGACGACAAAAGACGGCCUAUUCACAUUCAUCGAAGUCGAAUGCCUAGGCGCCUGCGUCAACGCACCCAUGAUCCAGAUCAACGACGACUACUACGAGGACCUGACCCCUGAGACCACAAAGAAGCUGCUCAAGGGUCUGAGGGAGAGCGCCACUACCGGCAGCACGGCAAACGUCCCCAAAGCGGGCCCCCAGAGCGGCCGUCAGACCUGCGAGAACGCCGCUGGCCAGACAAAUCUAACGAGCACACCAUGGGGCCCCGAGACCACGCGGUCCGAUCUGUAGAGCAGAGCAGAGCACAUAGAAACGAUGUUAAAAGAUGAACCAAAGAAGUUUACAUAUAUAAUGUGAGAACCAUGUACGUGCAUGUUGAGGCUGGGGCAGCUCCUUAGAAGAGAUUUCGUCAUAGACGGGAUAAAACCACAAUGUACAUAGAACACACCUGUAUCGAUCGAAUAUUCCCGUUUGAAAAGCUUUGACGAUACACUCAUUCAUGAUUCUGUCCAUAUUUUUCUUUGCUUUUUUUUUCUGCUU